UAACGCGGCUAGGCUAACAAGGAUAGGCUAACGCGGCAAGCAGCCAGAGCUACCGAGCUGCCGGCUAGUGCCUUACACGAUGGUUGCAUUUCUGACUUAAAAGUGCCACUAAAGAAGCACUAGAUGAUACAAACAAGUGGAUUCAAGAUAAGCGCAGAGCCAUCAAUGUGAAGAAAGAAGGUAACGAGGGUAAAGAAGAUCCAUGGCAAAGUGGUUGAAGGACUACCUGAACUUUGGCAACCGGCGUGAUCCCCCGCAGCCUCCGAGGCCCGACUACAGCGAGAGCGAAAUCCUGCGCGCCUACCGAGCCCAGAAGGACCUGGACUUUGAAGACCCGUACAAGUGCUCGGAUAAGGAGCCGCAGAAUGUUGCUUACGACGCUACCAAAGUGAGCCUGCCCGUGUUCCCUAUCUUGAACGGUGCAGAGGUGAGAGUGCUGUCCCCCAAACACAGAUUGAUCAAAGUGGACUCUCAGGAGUUUGGCCACUCUAAGGAUCCUCUGAGUCCUGUCACUGUUCAAGUGGAGCCUGUGCUGCCUUCCGCCCCAGUAGCGCCAGACGCAGACACGGACUACUCCGACCCGUUCGACGCCUGCCCAGAUUCAAGGACUCGGCCCAGCUGGGAGCCCAAAUCCUCCCCAUCGGACUGUUGCAGCUACAUGGAGCCGUUUGAGGCUCAGCUGAUUAUUUCAGAAAUGCAGCAUAACAAGUGCACCAGUGGGAGCGCCAGCCAGCUGUACGACAACCCGUACGAGGAGAGGACCCGCCAGCAGGCCAAAGUUGCCUUGACGGUGCCGCAACAACUUGACGCCGGACUUUCCCCCAUCAGGGAGAGCAGGCUGCCCCAGAACGACGAGCGGCCGGCCGACGAAUACGACCAGCCGUGGGAGUGGAAGAAGGACAACAUCUCCAAAGCUCUCGCGGUUCAGUUUGAAGGUGCCGAGAGGGAGCGUUCUCGCGUCCAUACGGAGCAGAGCAGGCUCGCAAAGACCGGCGGCUCCAGCACGUCAGCGGACUUCAACACACUGCGUCUGGUCUGUGACGCCCUCCCCCUUCUGGGAGAGCGUGUGGACCCCUACAUGCCGCUAGAAAGACAAGUAUGGUACCACGGAGCCCUGAGCCGCUCGGAGGCUGAGACCCUGCUGACUUUGUGCAAAGAGAGCUCCUACCUGGUGAGGAACAGCCAGACCUGCCGCAACGAAUACUCCCUCUCACUCAGGAGCUGCAAAGGCUUCAUGCACAUGAAGUUCACUCGUUUGGCCGACGGAUGCUUGGUGCUGGGGGAGAACAGCCCGCCUUUCGCCACCAUACCGGAGGUUAUCCACUACUACACCACACACAAGCUGCCCAUCCGGGGGGCCGAGCACAUGUCUCUGCUGUACCCCGUCAUUGUGCAGACGCUCUGACACUACUGAGGAUGACAUUACUCCAUAUUUACUCUCACCUUUCUCCCCCCCAAAAAUACACUUCCAGCAGGCAGCUAAAUCAACUCCUUUUGGACUUUUGCAGCCAGUACAAUGUUUCUCUUGGCUUUACGUACUCAGAGACCCAAAGUACAGUAGAUCCGGUUUGAGUGGAGAACUGUGACUCUUCCCUUCCUGUAGGUGUUAGUCACCCAUCUAGAGGACUUCUUCAAAGCACACCUGAGAGUUUCCUAGGCCCGUGAAUGUUUGAAAGGAUGCUCUUUAUUUAGUUGAAUUUUCAAUCUUUGUCAUCCUGACCUUUUUGGAAAGGAAAACAAAUGAUAUCGCUUUGUUGUGUUUUAUAAGCUUUGAAAAUAAAGUUGUGUGAUUUUGAAGGAGA